UGCGUGAAGCUGUGGUCGUCUUUUGAUUAUUUUGGUUGCUGCUGUCUGGAGUUUGAACUGCUUGACGUCAGUGUCUUUGAGUUUAUGAAAAAUAACAGCUUCCAAGCUUACUCCCUUUCUCAAGUUAAGCACAUGGGCCAGCAACUAUUAACCGCCCUACAAUUUCUCCACGAUAGGAACAUCAUACAUACGAACGUCAGACCCGAGAGUGUAAUGUUUGUUGAUUCAUCUUAUGACGUAAUCGUCGACCCGAGUACCAACCAAUCGUAUAACAACAUUAAAAAUACUUCAAUCCGAUUGGCUCAUUUCGAAUCAGCCGUCAGGUCAGACUCCUCUAACAAUAUGUCAGUCAUAUCAGCCAGGCAGUACAAAGCUAUUGAAGUUUUACUGGAAUUAGGCUGGGGAAACAAAUGCGACAUCUGGAGUCUGGCCUGCGUUCUCUUCGAGUUCUACACGGCUGACACGUUAUUUCAAUCGCACUCGAACUUAGAACAUUUGGCCAUGAUGGAGGCGACGUUAGGAACCAUUCCAAGUCACAUCUGCCUAAACUCCAAGAAGCCUAAAUUAUUCCUGAAUGGUCGACUGAGGUGGGACCAUAACUCGAAGGAGGGUAGGUACGUCCUGAAGAACUCGAAACCGCUGAAGACAUACGCAAAAGCGAAUAGCGAAGAUGAUGUUAACUUCAUGGACCUUUUGAGAUGCAUGCUGAAUUACGAUGCCUGUAAUAGAUACACAGCCUCUGAAGCCCUGAGACACCAUCUGUUUUUGUAA